CUCACACACCCUCCGACGCACAAUCCUCCUCAGACACGCCACCACUCGUCCCUCAGCACCUGCUCCGUGCUCGACCAGCCGCACGUGGACGUGGACUCAUCCCCACAAACACACACCCCACUGCACUCCAACCACCAGGACACCACUUGGUCUCCCACUGUCCAGGACUGAAACCAUGCUUCGUCUCCCCCGGGUGAUGCCUGAUUCUGUGUGAAGCUGCCGACGGAGAGCGCACAGGCUGGGGGGGGGGAAGGAGGAGGAAGAGGAGGAGGAGGAGGAGGAGGAGGAGGAGGAGAAGAAGCGCUCAGACCCCCGGCGCCCCAACCCAGACCCCAUCCCAAAGAGCAGCAGAUGUGAGAGGAGGAGAGGCGGAGAGAGAGAGAGAGUAGCACAAUCUCCCCUUACCCCUCCUUCCCUCAUCCUGGAGAACAAUACCCAGGCUCCAGUGGCAGAGGGUCAGCUUUUGUCCCUCGCCCCAGUGAAGAGCAGACAGACGCGCUGACACAUUGACCCGCGGCUCGGUCAGGACGCAGCAGCACAAAGAGACGCUGCUCGCCACACGGCUUCAUUCAGUACUUGGACAGCUCCUGUGUAACAACCACCGGGACUGUGGAGCUGGGGGAUUUUCUUAUCUUGUCCAUGAGUGAGUAGAGACUCGAUCUGAAGCCGGUUUGGUUUGGAGAACUACAAAUGGAGCUCCCGUGUUCGCUGCCGCUCGGCCCCUGUGGCCCCUGUGGCCCCGCUCCCUCCCUGGGAUCGCAGGGCAGCUCGGCCGGCCUCUACCAGCUGGAGGAGAAGCAGCUCUUUGAGAAGUUUUGGAGGGGCACUUUCAAGGCGGUGGCCACCCCGAGACCGGAGAGCGUCAUCGUGGCCAGCAUCACCGCACGGACCAGGGUGGCCAACUUCCAGACAACACUCUGCCAGCCACUUCAGGCCGAUGAGAGGAAAGCAGCCGACACCACGGUGGAGGCGGUCGGCAGAAACGGCUGCAUCAAGGGAAAAGCACGCAAACACCACAGCCGGCGCAGGGCCAGGAGCCCCUCCUUCGACGAGGAGCUCUCCCCUCGGCACAAGGCCAAGAAGAAGAAGAGAAAGUCCGAGCGCAAGAGGAAGAGGAAAAGGUCUCCUUCUUACAGCCUGUCGCCAGUGAGGAAGAAGAAAAAGAAGAAGAAGAAGAGCUCCAAGAAAAGCAAGCGGCACAGAUACACCUCCAAGAAAUCCAAACACAGCUCUUCAAGUUUAAAACACAAGAGGAGGGACAAACGCAAGCACAAGAAAAGCUCCCGGACUCACUCCCGGAGGACGCGGCGUUAUCGGAGGUCAGAGUCGUACAGUUCCUCCUGCCACUCAUCCGCAGAGUACAGACACCAUCUGCAGAAGUCUGUGGUGCAUCAGGCUCAAGGAGACCUGGCAGCUGUCAGACAGGACAAGGACGUGAAGUGGAGACCAGAAACCAAAUCAGUGUGUAAAACGGCUCCAAAGUAUCGCUCCAUCCUCUCCACCAGCACAAUUUUGUCGUCACAACCUGGAAGCGAGCUCUUACAGGGAAAAGGGUCUCUGCAAAUAUCCAGCCAGGUGGACGCUCCGCACGAUUACGACUCCGGGAAUGACACGUCCUCGCCGCCGUCGAGCAAAACCGACGCCUCGCGGUCGAGCGUCGCCGACAACACGAGGAGCCACUGCCGGCGUCUGGCCUCUCCGGAGAAGCUGAGGUUCACAGAACGAGACAACGCCUCCGAUUCAGGAAACUCUGUGACCAGCUACACGUCGCUAUGCAAACCGUACAGGGAGGACAGCUUGUCCACAACCGUGUUCAGUGGAAACAGCAAGAGGGAGCAGAUAACCUUGGGGUGUCAGGUGGAGGCUGCGACACCUCAGAAGACGUCCAGCUGUUCGCGGAAGAAGAGCCGGUCAUCUCGAAAGCGACGGAAAACGUGCAGGUCCAGCAGCAGGAGCAGGAGCAGGAGCAGGAGCAGGGGCAGGAGCAGGAGCAGGAGCCGUAGUAGGAGCAGGAGCAGGAGCAGGAGCAGGAGCAUGUCGUUGGGGAGUUCCAGAUACUCCGGACGCUACUCGAGAAGUCCGUCACUGUCAUCUUGCAGCUCGUACUCGCGGUCUCCAAGCUACUCGGCCGACCUGAGGCGAAGAGGCAGUGUGGCCAGCCUGAGCUCCAGAGGAAGCUACUCCAGAAGACUGCGAGACAGAAAGAGAGCGCCGAGCCACAGAGCGACAGAUGUGAAGACGUCAGGACGUAAGGUGAGUGGGAAGAGACGAAGACGCAAAUCCUACUCGCCCAUGAAGAAAAGACGGAGAGACUCGCCAAGCCAUCUGGAAGCACGUCGAAUCACAAGUGCCAGGAAACGGCCCAUCCCAUACUUCCGACCCAGUCCCUCGUCCAGCAGCCGCUCCACCAGCGUGUCGUCCUGGAGCAGCCUCUUCACCCGCAGCCGCAGCCGCAGCCCGAUCCACGGCAUCAGCCGGAGCAGGAGCCGGAGUCGGAGCCGGAGCCGGAGCAGGAGCCGGAGCUGGAGCGACUCCUCCUACAGGAGCUACAGUCGCAGUUCCUCCUUUAACUCGAUCUUCGGGAGCCGCAGUCGCAGCCGGAGUUGCGGUUCGUUGAAAAAGCGCAGCAGGACCAGGCGCUAGGGAAUCCCAGAAAACGAGAAGGCCCUGAAGCACUCGUCGGGGGGGUUUUCCACUUGAGGGCGAGGACAGUGGAGGAUGGAGCGAUCAGCUGUGUGCGUCUCCGGGCUCUGGAAGUGUCCCAGCAAGACCACAGCGAUCACGGAGGCCGUCCUGCUUCACGCUGCCCACAGAGGGCGCUAGAGAGUGAAUGUGUUCUCGUCUGUUUUGUUCCCGUCGCCUCACAUUAGCCUGCAACUGUUCAUCUCUUACAUGUUAACCAUAGAAUCUGCACAUAAACAAAGUCCAUCUUCUCCUUUUAAUGUCUGUGCACGUCCUGUUAGAUUAUUCUUUAAAAUGAAUUCUUUAUAUUUAUUUUUAAAUGGCACAUAAAUGGCCCUGAAUCCCACAAAUCCUGAACAAAUGAGACUUGUGACAGGACGGGAGACUUUUACUGCCCCAGACUUUACACCGUGAAGUGUUGAAGGAACAUUUGAUUCAACUGGUUCAGAGGAAUCGUUAUCAGGAAUAAGGAGAAAGGUUUAUUGCUGUGAUGUCUGCGCUUCACACGGUGGAGAACAGACGAGUUUCCCUCUGAAGAAUGAAACACAAGUCGGCUGUCAGCUCACGUCUAAAAUGAUUUUAUCUUUUCCGAUCAAGCGAUUAAAACUUUCUGCAGACGAGGACGGAGUUAUUUUGGGGGAAACCAUCAAAACCUUUGGAAUUUUGUGUAUUUGCAGCAACAACGUGUUGAAAAUGAACCUGAACUUUUAAAAUAUUACUUGAAUCAUUUUCUUUCAGCUACUUAACCGUGUUUUUGAGUUUUAUCACAAAUGGAAAGUCAAAUUUAAUAUUUCAAUAUUUAUUACUUAUUUAUUAUUAUUGGUUUGCUGUCUCUCUCAGUAGUUGUCAAUCUUUCUAUGCAACACUGGCAGUUUAUGGUUUUUAUGACACUGCUGUUAUUUAUUUCUUGGGGGUUCGUUGUGAAUUAUUCUCUCUUCGGCACCGAGUGUGCAUGGAAAACUUCCCAGUGAGCAGAUGUUCAAAUUAUAUAAAGUUUGACAUUUUGGGAAAUAUUUGUAUUUGCUUUCUCGCCGAGAUUCAGACAAGAAGAAUAAAACCAAACCCGUUAGCUUAGCUUAGCAUUUAGUUUGGAGACGCCGAGUUUCUAGAAGGAUUUGUCAGCUGUGGGAUGAACCUGUUAAACCACAAUUUAAUGUCUGAUCAGUUUUGGUGUUGAUGGAACUAUGAGAUGUUAGGGGCUUUAUUUUAAUGAUCACAUAUCACAUGAUCGAAAAUGAAAAACCCAUUCAUGGCAUCUCCAAAUCCACUUUUUGCUAAUGGCCAAAAGUUUGGUCACUGUAUCACACACGUGGUUCAAAGGGUUGUUCUUAAUUAAUCCUUCUAUCCUUCCAUCUUUUAAUUAAUCAUUGUUCGCAACAUGGAACCAACCAAUCAAUCUUCGUUCUCUCUUAAAGAUUUGGCAAGUAGCAAAGAGACAAAGUUUCAGGAACUUUAUCAAAUGUUCCACUUAUUGACUAUUGAGGCCCAAAAGUAAUAACAGUUCUUAUGCAAUCAUUAGGCAUUUGACAAGUUCUGCUGUGUAUCUGGCUUUGUCAGGGAUCUCAACAUGUUCGUUAUUUAGCUUUUGAUCGGCUUUGAUUUGUUGCCUUCUUAUUUAUCACAAUCUCCUCAUCUAAUUCUCCACGAAAGCAAAUCAACUUCAAUAUUUCCCCUAAAUGUCAAACUUAUUCUUUAAAGUUAAUUUUCAGUGGGGUGCUUUGACUCCAGGGUUUGAAUCUGCAAAAAAAAAAAAGUUAGAAAACUGCCUUUCUGUAUAAUAGAGAGAGUUAAUAUUUCUCAAUCGUUUCAAAUCCAUCAUCGGGGCCGUGCGUGCUCUGCGCUCCAGGCCCAACUGACUGCUCUCUAUGCACUUCACUCCUCUCAGCUUAUUUCCCUGAAUGUCAACUGAAUUGGGUGAAUGAGGGAGAUCAGACGCCGGAAGAGGAACUCGGCACAAACGUUCUCCACAGACCCUGAACUCCUCAAGAAGAGGAGCCGGCGGGUGAUGAUUGGUCGUGUUCAUAACUCUCCCACCUCACAAUGUAAAGUUUACAUCACCUGUUGUGCGUAAUGAUUUUUGAAUAUUACCAUGAUGUAAAUACGCAUCUGCACUGUAAAAACUAUACAAAAAGCUGUGAUGAUUUGAUUUUGCCGAAUGUGAUUCACGGCGUCGUUGGCUGUGUACAUGUUUGACGCGUUGCCCAGCGGAGUUGGGCAUCGAACAGCGGACCGUAGAUGUGUUGGUGUAUAAGAUCCCUCUGAUCACGUCUUCUGUUGUUUUUAAAACGUAUGAUAACAGCAGUGAUACAGCAAUAGUGAUCCAGUGUUUCAGUGUUAAAUGAUCCCUCCUCUCCCCCUUAUUCCCAAUGCGAGGAAAAGCAGAAAGCAAAUGUUUCUCACGCUGUCACAUGUUUCCUGGUGUCAGUGUGAACUUCACGUCGUAACAAUGUGUCGCCCGGAAAAUUGAAUUGUCCCCCAUGAUGCUCCUCCACGUGCGUGUUCAGAAUAAGAUCAAUAAACUCAUGU